CAACAUCCCGGAACGCCAAAGGACUUUGUGCCGCGUGUUUAUACAGUGUUAAAUUUAUUAAACAGAAACAAAAAAUACAAAUAUGAGCAAGUUUGCUUGGGUAACACUCACCACAAAUGACACGUACUCGUUGGGCGCCCUGGUGCUGGCACAUUCGCUGAAGCGCAGCGGCACCGCUCAUCAGCUGGCGGUGCUGGUGACGCCCACUGUAUCGGAUGCCAUGCGCGAUAGACUGAAGGACGUGUACAAUCUUGUACAAGAGGUGAAUGUGCUCGACUCACAGGAUGCGGCCAACCUGGCGCUGCUGGCACGCCCCGAACUGGGCGUCACCUUCACAAAGCUGCACUGCUGGCGUCUGGAGCAGUACGAGAAAUGCGUCUUCCUCGAUGCCGAUACGCUGGUGUUGAAAAACUGCGACGAGCUGUUCGAGCGCGAAGAACUGUCCGCUGCUCCCGAUGUCAGCUGGCCCGACUGCUUCAACUCUGGCGUGUUUGUGUUCAAGCCCAGCCUGGACACCUUCAACAAGAUCACAGAGUUUGCCAUCAAGCACGGCAGCUUCGAUGGCGGCGAUCAGGGACUGUUGAAUCAGUACUUUGCCGAUUGGUCUACUGCGGACAUCAAGAAGCAUUUGCCAUUUGUCUACAAUGUGACUGCCUAUGCUUCCUACUGUUACUUGCCUGCAUUCAAACAAUUCAGAGAUAAAAUAAAGAUUUUGCAUUUCGCUGGCAAACUGAAGCCCUGGCUGAUUCCCUUCAACUCGCAGACGAAAACCGCCUCGACGCCCCAUGACUACACCCAUGCUCAUGAUCUGAUCCAACACUGGUGGACCCUCUUCUGUGAUAAUGUGCACAAUGUGCUCGACAAUGCGAUGUAUCCUUGCUUGAAUAUAACGCACUCUGCGGAUUACAUUGAGAAUCAUGAUUAUCAAUAUGAUAUGGACAGCUAUUAUUACGAGCAUCAGCAACAAGAGCAGCAGCAGCCACGUCAAUAUGUGCCGCAUGUCAGAGAAUUUCGAGAUCCUUGGGCAGAUUACUACGAGCAGGCGGAGCAGGCGGAACAGCAGCAGCAGCAGCAGCAGCAUGUGGCAGCCACUGAGCCCCAAAACGUGUUCAAUCACAAUGAAAAUGCAAAUGCAAAUGCCAAUAAAGAACAAACAGCAGCAACAAACCAAGUGCAUGACGAAAGGACAACGGGCCACAGUCAAAGCAGCGAUGCAUGCAGUCAUAUGACAUCACCACCAACACCACCACCACCACCACCACCACAUGAACCACCCACCGAAGAGUCUAUAGCAAUAAAUGUAAAUAGCAAUGUGCAACAAAACCCAAACCCAAACGAAAACCACCAACUACAACAUCCUGAACCAAACACGUACAAUAUCCAAAAUCCAGAACACAAUCAAAUUGCAGCAGAGCCAGCCGCUGAGCCUGCUGUGCCACAUGAGGCUGGCCUGGCUGGCGCCUUGGCACAGUUGCGCAUUGGCGUGCAGCGCACACCGGAGCAGGAGCAUUAUGAGAAUCUAAUGCGUCGUCAGUGCUGGGAAUCGGGACAGAUUGAUUAUGCCGGCGCCGAUGCUUUUGAAAAUAUUUGGAAGAAAAUCACGCAGACGCUGGAGGCCAAAACAGAGAAGACAGAGGAUGCGGAACAAACUGAUAACGCUAAUGCUUCUGAUAACGAUAACGAUAACACUACGCUAAGCUCUAACAAAUUGCUUACCCAAAGCGCCAGUCAACUGUUGCAACAAGUGUCUGCUGCAAGCUCCAGACGCUCACCCAGCCCAAGACCAGCAGCAGUGCGAACAGAGCAGCAGUCCAGCAACAAGACUGAGGCCACAACUUCCAGCAGAUCACAGCAUAUUCAACAGUCCACAUCGACAGCCGCCAAGGCCCGAGGCCAGAAGGGCAUGCGUAAGUUUAAAUAACAAUUACUGCAGCUGCUGUUGCACUACAGCUGUCUGCCCCAACUGGCCGCCUGUGCGCUACAGAAGCAACGACUGCAGCACCUUGAACAACUCCACUGCGAGCCAGAGCCCGUGCAUGUUUAAACUAAAAGUAAUAGUACAACAAAAGCUGUAUAAAGAAUUGCCUUAUAGAAUA